CGGUAUUCGCGCCUCGUCCCAAUUGCGUUCGUAUAAAUUACAGUCGGUACAGUGCGACAAGACAAAUCGGUCAUACGCGCGAAAACCAGUAGAACGGGAACGAUUUAAAGUUUGUGUACGCGCGCUUAGCGUUCUUUUCGCCAGGUGUGCCAACAGUCGGGCGAUGUGCUUUUCGAGGUCUAACCUCUCUAACCUCGUAUCUCAUGUUCGUUCAUGGCUUCGAUAUUUCACGUGUCUUUGCGUGGUACAUACGUAGGAAGUAAUCAACAAUUUCGUGAUAUCACUGUUACGAUAUUGUUUUAAAAGAUGUCUGUGCCCGAGAAAGUGUUGAUGCGAAAAAUCAAGAAACGAGAAAAGACAAAAUUAACAGUGCUGAAACAACGAGAGGAACAAAAAGAUGCAAUCAAAGAACCAAAAGAAGAAGAAACAAGUCAGCAAAACACAGAGGAUAGCCUUCCAAAAAAAAAGAUAAAGUUAAAAGUGUCAAAAAGAAGUGAAAAUUCUGAGGUAGCUGAACAGUCUCCGACUACUGAGAACUUACCUGGCACGGCUAUAGGGUUUGAAGUAACAAAUGAUACAAACUUCUCUGUAUUGAGCGAGAAAGUAUGCGAGAAUACACUAAAAGCGAUAAAAGAUAUGGGUUUUACAAAUAUGACUGAGAUACAAGCAAAAUCUAUUCCACCACUUUUGGAAGGGAGAGACUUGGUUGGCGCUGCUAAAACUGGAUCUGGCAAAACUCUGGCCUUUUUAAUUCCUGCUGUUGAAUUGAUUUACAAAUUGAAGUUUAUGCCACGCAAUGGUACUGGUGUCAUCAUCAUGUCUCCUACAAGAGAAUUAUCUAUGCAGACUUUUGGAGUCUUAAAAGAAUUAAUGAAGUAUCAUUAUCACACGUAUGGUUUGCUGAUGGGUGGCGCCAGCAGGCAAACCGAGGCUCAAAAGCUUGCAAAAGGAGUCAAUAUUAUUGUGGCGACGCCGGGACGAUUAUUAGAUCAUUUGCAAAACACACCUGAUUUCUUGUACAAGAAUCUUCAAUGUUUGGUCAUCGACGAAGCGGAUCGUAUUCUAGAUAUUGGAUACGAAGAGGAGUUGAAACAAAUUAUUAACAUUCUUCCCAAGCGCCGGCAAACUAUGCUUUUUAGUGCAACGCAAACACAAAAGGUAGCGAUGAUAACAACGUUAGCCCUUAAAAAGGAACCUAUAUACGUGGGAGUCGACGACGACAAGGAAAUGGCGACUGUAGAGGGCUUGCAACAGGGUUAUGUGGCGUGUCCGAGCGAGAAAAGAUUUCUACUUUUGUUCACGUUCUUAAAGAAAAACAGAAAGAAGAAGAUAAUGGUCUUUUUUAGUUCCUGUAUGUCCGUUAAAUUUCAUCACGAGCUCCUAAAUUAUAUCGAUUUACCAGUAAUGAGUAUACAUGGUAAGCAAAAGCAAACGAAAAGAACUACGACUUUUUACCAAUUUUGCAACGCUUCUACGGGGACUUUGCUUUGCACUGACGUGGCUGCAAGAGGUCUAGAUAUACCUGAUGUCGAUUGGAUCGUGCAGUAUGAUCCACCAGACGAUCCCAAGGAAUACAUCCAUCGUGUUGGUCGUACCGCUCGCGGGGAGGGUAGCAGCGGUCACGCUUUGCUGAUAUUGCGACCAGAGGAGCUUGGCUUCCUUCGUUAUCUUAAACAAGCUCGCGUACCUGUGAAUGAAUAUGAAUUCUCUUGGAAUAAAAUCGCCGAUAUACAAUUACAGCUUGAAAAAUUGAUAUCGAAGAAUUAUUUCUUACAUCAGUCGGCAAAGGAAGCAUUUAAGAAUUACGUCAGAGCAUAUGAUUCACAUCAUUUGAAGCAGGUCUUCGAUAUAGAAACUCUGGAUCUGGCGAAAGUCGCCAAAUCGUUCGGAUUUAUCGUACCACCGGCAGUAGACUUGAAAGUGGGAAUCAGUAAGGCUUCACGACCACGGAAAAGGCUCGGUGGAGGCGGUUAUGGACAUUUCAAAAAUAUAAACGACUCGAGUUCGGCAAAGCAGCUGAAACGCACCAAGACCUUUCGCCAGAUAGGCAAACGUGGGCAGGACAAUCGGCAAUUCAGUAGAUAACAGUCAUCCACGCGCACCUUAUAGGCGUAGACGGCAGACAAUAGCGUACGAUAGCUGCGCAUCAUUAGAGAUCAAUUUAACGAUAUUAAUACAUCUCGAUGUGGUAAUUUGAGAACCCACAACAACAGGAGGAACAGCCCCGCCAUCUUAAUCACUAGAUUUUACUGUAUUAUUGAAAAUUCGUAAAUAAGAUAAGAUGCGACACAGAGGUAAGUGCAUUCAAAUUGUACUUCCUGAUAUAAGUUGGAGUUGUAAUAAACUAUUAUACUGUAUGUGUUAUGCGUAAAAUUUUAGUAAAUGAUUACAAGUAAGGA